ACCACAGCAAGCAGACUGGGAAAACAAAAAACAAACACAUACAAAAAAAACAAAACGAGGAAAGAGGAAGAAAACAAAAGCUGCUACUUAUGGAAGAUAUAAAGGAUUCUAAUGCAAAGAGAUUUUGCACCAGAAACAUUCUAGUCAUCCUUGGCUUCUCCUGUGUCAUAGCCGUGAUAGCUUUGAUCGCUGUGGGGAUUUCCCAGAACAAAGCAUUGCCACAAAAUGUUAAGUAUGGGAUUGUGCUGGAUGCAGGCUCUUCUCACACAAGUUUGUACAUCUAUAGCUGGCCAGCUGAAAAGGAGAAUGACACAGGCAUUGUACAACAGAUAGAAGAAUGCAAAGUGGCCGGUCCUGGAAUCUCAAAAUAUGCUCAAAAAACAAAUGAAAUAGGUGCAUACCUGACUGGAUGCAUGGAAAGGUCCAGUGAAGUGAUUCCAGUGUCCCAGCACCAAGAGACACCUGUUUACCUGGGAGCCACAGCAGGGAUGCGGUUACUCAGGAUGGAAAGUGAACAACUGGCAGACAGGGUCAUGGCUGCAGUGAUAAGGAGCCUCAGCGACUACCCCUUUAACUUCCAGGGUGCCACGAUCAUCACUGGUCAAGAGGAAGGUGCCUAUGGCUGGAUUACUAUCAACUAUCUGCUUGGCAAUUUCAUUCAGAAAUCAAAUUGGCUCAGCCUGAUCUCAGAAGGAAUCAAUGAUGAGAAAACAUUUGGCGCUUUGGACCUUGGGGGAGCCUCUACACAAAUCACUUUUGUGAAUGAAAACCACACUGUGGAGUCCCCAGAAAACUCUCUGCAAUUUCGCCUGUAUGGCAAGGACUACAAUGUAUACACACACAGCUUCUUGUGCUAUGGGAAGGAUCAAGCACUCUGGCAGAAACUGGCCAAGGACAUUCAGGUGUCAAGUGAUGGAACCCUCAGUGACCCAUGCUUUCACAGUGGGUAUGAGAAGGUAGUGAAUGUAAGUGACCUUUAUAAGACCCCGUGCACCAAGAGAUUUGAGAGGACUCUGCCAUUUGAUCAGUUCAAAAUCCAGGGUACUGGAAACUAUGAACAAUGCCAGCAAAGCAUUCUUGAGCUCUUCAACACCAGUUACUGCCCUUACUCCCAGUGUGCCUUCAAUGGCAUUUUCUUGCCACCGCUCCAAGGAAGUUUUGGGGCAUUUUCAGCUUUCUACUUUGUGAUGGAUUUUUUAAACUUGACAUCAGAAAAAGUCUCUCAGGAAGAGGCGAUCAGGAGAAUAGGAAACUUCUGCUCUCAACCUUGGAAAGUGGUGAAGACAUCUUUUCCUGGAAUAAAGGAGAAGUAUCUGAGUGAAUACUGCUUUUCUGGUACAUACAUCCUCUCCCUCCUUCUGCAUGGUUAUCAUUUCACGAGCAAUUCCUGGGAAACAUUCAUUCAUGGGCAAGAUCCAGGGCGCCAGCGCCGGGUGGACAUUGGGCUACAUGCUGAACCUGACCAACAUGAUCCCAGCUGAGCAGCCAUUCUCUCCACCUCUCUCCCACUCCACAUACGUAUUCCUUAUGGUCCUCUUCUCCCUCAUCUUAGCUGCCUUGAUCAUCACAGCCUUGUUUUUCUUUAAGAAACCUUCAUAUUUCUGGAAAGAAAUGGUAUAGCAGCAGAACCUGAAAUCUGCUUGGUGGACUCAGAAAAAAACUUCCCCUAGGAGAACUUUCCUCCAUGCAGCCGUGUACGAUGUACAACAUCCUCCUUCAGUGCUUGCCAGGGUGAGUCUUGACCAGCAUGAUGCUUCCUUGGCUUUUGCUGAGGCAUUUCCUUGGGAGCUAUUCACCACCCUCUGCCUCGAGAACCUUCCGACAGAUGCCAUCUUUUGUGAGUCUUUCCCACCUACCCCAUUCCUCCUUUGUACUGUGUGCUUGUGCAGGUCUUUAAGACCUGCCACCUUUCAUGAUUUGUGCUUUAUGAAAGAACAAUAUUGACUCUGUCUGGGAGAACUGAGAGUCCUGAGUCCUGUGCUGGGCAGUGGAGUGGCUAAAAGAAGACUCUCAGGAACUGGUUCAGUCAUAUUUUUUAAGGAUCCCUGUUUCCCUGCUGCUUCCCAAUCAUUAAGAAAGCCAUAUGGUGCCUUUGGGGAGAGCAGACAUUUAUCCCAUUCUCAGUCUGCCCCUUGGAUCAGGUGAAUUUUCUAAAAUAAGCAAAUAUGUGCUAAGACCAAAGAGUUUUUCAAGGGAAUCUGUGUGCCCAUGCAGUUAAUAAAAUUCUCAAUCCCCAAUCCACUUGACAUAGGGAUGUGAAUUUGUCACAUAUUCUUGGAUGAUGUCAAAUGCUACCAAGGGGAAUGCUCACACAAGAGAUUUUUAAAAAGCAGAUACACAUAUAGGCAUUCAUGUAUCAAGGCAAACUAUGAGGUAGUGUACACAUGCUAGGAAGAAAAAUGCAGUUACAACUCAGUGUCAGAAAAGUGCACCCUCCAAUGCAUCUUUUGGAGUUUUGUGAUCACUAUGUUAAAAUACAUAUAGCGUAAAGUUCACCAUCUUAACACUCAGUUUAGCGCAGUUUAGUGGCAUUCAGAACAUUUACAAUGUUGUGCAAUUACCACCAUUAUUAGUUAAAUAACAUUUCAUCACCAAGAAGUUGCAGAGACAAGACCAUCCCUGGGUAGACUCAAACCACACACCCCUCAGCCAGCAGCUCAAUGUGUUAACCAACUGCACCACAAAGAGGACUGGUGGAACAUUAAAGGUGGGCCAAUUGUUAUUGUCUAGAGGUCUCAUUUUGAGAUAGGGUGGUAUCAGAAUGGAGUGGCAUGCUUUUGCCCUGUCAAAGUAUUUACAUAUCAAAAUGUACCAGGAACCCCGCAGAAAGUGUUGUUACCACCUGUCUCCCAAAUUUGGGCUUCAUGUACUUAUUCCACGGAGUAUUUUGUGAAAGAUGUAGCUAUGGGCCUUAUCGUGGAGACAUGAAGAGACCCCGUGCCUCUUUCCUUUAAGGAUUGUUGAGUGGGACUGAGUGGUGAUGUCUUAGUCUCAUCUAUUACCAAACUAACUGCCCAUCUCUUGAUCUGGGGACUGACUGUUGAGCUGAUGCGGGAAGAAAGGCUCUCCCAGAAACAAGAAGCAAACUGUCCCUAAAUCUUUUGAAUUAAUCAUUGGGACAUUUUUAUAACAAGCAAAUAUAAAUUUAAUAAAACUGUGGACAGGAACCUUUCUUUUCUGUCACUCACAAUUAAAGUUACUGAACCUUGAUUAGGAAUCAGGGACCCAACUGGAACAAGUUCAAACUCUUUCCAGUGGCAGUUGCCUCUAUUAUCAUGGCUGCUACUGACUGAAUUUCUGGUGUACUGUGUUCUGUGCCCAAAGGCAUUAUCUUCAUUUUCUCAUUUCAUUCUCACAGCGACCCAAGGAAGGUUGGUAUUGACUCUCCUAAUGCCCACAGUGGCGCUUAAGCUCAAACUCACAUCCACUGCCCAGGUCUAUUGCUUUUUCUUCUCUAAAUACUUACCCUCAGCGAGUUAGAAUUAGAAUUUACAAGUUUCCUUCAGACAACACAAAUCUUAUUCCGUUUCUGUUUUGUUGCCAAAAACGAAACAAAACACCUCUUAGGUCUUUGGUAGCCAAAUUCCACUUGUACAAGUAAAAUUAUGGAGAUAACCUGACAAUUAGCAGGUACAAUCUAAUCUUAAUUCUAUUCAAGGAAAAGUUUGUUUAUUUUGUUGUUGUUGUUGUUGUUUUUGAGGUAGAUCCAAGAUUUGCUGUGGGCCAUUCUGGGUGGAUCUGACCAAAUAAAUGGAUCCCUUUCAACUAAUUUUAAUAUUGGAUUGGCCACUGGUUAUAAUUGAUUACAAUUUUUCUCUGGACUUUCACCCGGGACUCAAAACUUGGUUCUAUGAAACCUGCUGCUUUAUAAUGUGAGAAUUUUUUUCUAUGAACCCACAGUGGAAUGAAAUAAGCAUAAGUGGUUUCCUAUGUAGAGAAAAAAUGAAGCUACUUAAUUAGGCUGUGUGUGUGUAUUUCAGAGGAGUCAGGGGGAGGGGGCCAGGCGAAAUGUUCCAACUAUUAUAAUUCUUAAAUUGGUAAUAAAUAUGCUCAGUAUAUACAUAACCAGUGGUUACCAAGUUGGUCAGUGUAUGACUAACAACACACUUAGAGAUAAAAAGACAGUUAAUGCCAGGCCUCAUAUUGCAUGCCUCUCAUCUGUGUGGCUCAGGAGGCUGAGGCAGGAGGAUUUUGAGUCCAAGGCCAGCCUUAGCAACUUAGCGAGGCCCUAAGCAACUUUGCAAGACCCUGACUCUAAAUAAAAUAUGAAAAAAGGGCUGGGGAGGUUUCUCAGUAGAUAAGCACCCCUGGAUUCAAUCCUUGGCACCAAAUUAAGUAAAACCCUCAUCUUUCUAUAGCUGUGGUUAUAUAGGUAUAGGUGCUAUACCGUUCUUACUAUUAUAUUUAUUAUAAGCAAAGGUUUGUAUUAUUAUUAAAUGAGCUUUUAAGAUCUUAGCUGAGAAUUUUACUUUAUUCCUAAUGUUUCUCUGCUAUCCUAUGAACACAGAGAUGCAUGUUAUUUGGUCUACCAUGCCUGAUGAGUAAUCUUGGGAAAAUUUCACCUGGAUUUAAAGAUAACACGAGAUAAUUCACAAUGCUUGCAUUUCUCAAAAUGUAAUAUGAAUGUCAAAAUAAACAUCAGUUUUUUAAUAGCCCACAGAACAGCUUUCACAUUAUAGGCAAAUUACUAUUAAAAUUUAUUCCCAUUUGUUCUCAAUAAGCUGAAUUUCACCCAAAUUGGUCUGGCCCCUCUGAUUCAAAUUUUGGUAUAUUUUAUCUUGUUAGAGCAUGCUAGUUGCUCAUAAUUAGCUAAACUCACUAACCAUAUGAUUCUUUCAGUUGGCAUUAGGUUUGAUUUUUCAUCACAAGCUCACAGUUUUCAUGUUUAGGGGUCUGCAAGUCAGCUGAGAAGCUCUACUCCCGUUGGUGAGUCUGGAUCAGGCCCAUCACGUGUAUCUCUUAUUUUCCUUGCCCAGUGGCUUCUUGGGACACAUUCCCAUGAUGAAUGGAGAGGCUCAUGAGAGUGAAAGAGUGAAACUAGGAUGUCUCUUAAGGCCUCAGCCAGGACAGACCCCUUGUCACUUCCUCUACAUCCCAUUGACAAAAUCAAGCCAUUUGACCAAGCUCAUUGUCAGCAGUCAGAGAAAUGCUUGGAGGAAUGGCAAAGUCGUGCAGCAAAGGACUGGACGAUUAAUUCUACACAGGAAAGGAGUGAGGCAUUGGGUGCGAUGAUUCAAUAUGCCAGUGUCUCCUUUACUGAAAUGUAGAGGUGGUUUCCUGUAAUUUAGAAACCACUGAACUUGUGUAGGAAUAGGCUCCUGCAAAGACCACUACUUCCCAGUCCGCUUCAGUCUGCAGCUUCUUUCUGCAGCCUUCCUCAGGAUGCUCUCACAACUUUGGAGUUUUGGAAUUAGACUUAUCUUCUCAGCUGGUAGAUUGCCUAAGAGACCAUGUGUCUAUUGAUUUUUCUUACUUCACAUGACAAUAUAUGGCUAAUUAUCCAACUUUUAUUUGCACUCGAGACUAACAUAACUGAACACAGGGUUUGUUCACAGGCAUAACUGGUAAGAGUCAUUCCAGAUUGUUUGUGGGAUGAAGGCAUUGCCAUAGCUUUUGCAUUUCUCUAAGUAGAGAAAUUAAUUUUCAAAUUUAAAUUGACACGAUAAUGGCAUCACCCUCAUCAGCAACAGAGUUGACUUUUGGUUUGUAUAUCCCUUUUGUAUGUAUGUUGAAUAGCAUGCAUAGCACCAGAGACCAUGGAUGUGGCAAUGGCAAGUGAGAUAUAUUCAUCUAAUAAACCUCACCCUUAUAGUGAAGUUCUAUGAAGGGAGGGGAGGGGAGUCUUGGGAGCUCGGCAGGGGAGGGGGUAUAUUUGGGAUGUCUUAAACUGAACUCUACCUUUACCCCCAACCCUGAUCCUCCCCCUAUAUUUUAUCACGAUUAAUGCCAUCACUGCCUCAUCUCACCAAGAUCAGAAUCAACUUCAUCAAUGGGAGGUGCCCAUUCUGCCUUUGUAACAUUUUCUAUUUUGAUCCCCGCUUCCAAACUCACUGUGCUGUCCUAGCAAAGAUCUGUACUACGUUUCACCUGCACUCCUACCUCUUGCCUCCCAUCUAUUGUGGCUGGGUUAAUCUCUGUAAAGAGGAGGUUGAAUCCCAUUGUUCCCCAACUGCAAUCAUUCCUGGCUUUCUAAGACCUGCAAAAUAUAGCCAAACUCACCAGCUUAUGUUCCAGGUUUUCAACAAUCCUGGCUGUCAGCUCUCUCAAGCUCACAUCCAUUUCACUCUUCUGAUUUCCCUUAUGUUCCAGCAAGCUGCACUGAUUCUUCCCCAAUGCUAUUCGAGUUGUCAUCUCAACUUGGAAUACCCUUGUCCCACUAUACCUUCAAAGCUCAGCUCUAAUUCCACUCCUUUCACAAAGCCUUCUCCUAACCUCCAAGUCAGAAUGCUUCUUGUGCUACCACAACACUGCCCUUGAGCCUCUGUUACAGAACUCGGACCAUUCUGUCCAGCGUCUGGAUUAUGUUCCUUGGAGCAACAUGUGUCACCUAUUUCUUUCGGAAAAGUAAGAGUCAGGACUUAUGAUAAUAGCCCUAGCAAACCUCCCUACCCACUACCAGGCCAACUCCAAACCAUCUGUUCCCGAUAGGCUGCUCAGUAUCACUGUGUCUGCCUCACUGCCUUCAUUUAUGUUAUCUCUUGACAUGACCAUCUCUCCCCUCCAGUCCUUAAGGACCGACUCAACUUUGGAUUCCUCAAUGAAGUUUUCUUUGAUUAUUCUAGCAACAUGGAGAUUCUCCUGCUUGGAAUGUGCAGCACUUUGAUUGUACAUAUUCUUAAGGUAGAAUUUUAAGAAUAAGAAUGGACCUUAAAAGACCACGCUAACCAAUGUUUAAUGUGUAUGCAAAUCACUCAGGGGUCUUGUUAAAAUAAAAACUGAUUUCAUUAAUUAAUUUCAAUUGCUUAAAAAUGAUUGGGACCGAGGGUGAGAGCCAAGGCCCACAUUUCAAACAAUGCUCAUACUGUUGUCCGUGGACCAGACUUUGGGUAUCAAAGAAACAGACCACUUUACCAUUCCAGGGAGUUUCUUUCACUGCCUCUCAUCUGUACCUCACUACUGUCCUUCAUAAGCAGUUUUUCCCACAAUGGGCCAGCUCAAGGGCUCCUUGUAAAGCUCACCCCUCUUUCCCAACAGUCCAAGUGUUUCAGGUUUUCUGUGCCCCAGGAGAUUCUUCCCUGCUUUGUCCCGUGUCCUGGGGAACCCACUGCCUUAGGCUCAGUGAUGACCUGGUGUCCCUCAAGGUAUUACUCCCAGCUCUCUUUGGCUGAUCCCUUUGGCGUCCUACACCCUGCUCCCUGCCACUCAUCCUUGGAGGCUGGUGACAAAGAGUUGGCAGGAAUACAUUAUGCCAGUCCACAUGCAAUCUUUAAAUGUUUUUUUAAAAGCCUAGCUGGUUUCUUCUUCUUCCUGUCUGUCUGUGGUAGAUUUUUCCUUCUCAGGUCACUGUACUAGAGAUGAAAGAGCUAGUCACUCUCAGAAAUUUAGUUCUGCUCAGUCUUAACAAACUAUGAUUUUGUUCCUUAAUCAGCUGAUUAGAAGCUAUAUAUACAUGAUAAUUAUUUGUAAAACGAGUAAAAAAAUCAUAAGGAAAUUAUUUUUUAAUUUUAUGGAAUAUUUUAUUUUUAAAUUUUAAUGGACAAAUAUUAUAUAUACUUAUGGGAUACAAUGUGAUGUUCUGAUCUGCUUCUACACUGAAGAAAAAUUCCAUCAAAUUAAUUCAUAUAGUACCUCACCAACCAUCAAUUUUCUUUUGUGAUGAGGACAAAAAAUCUAUUGCCUUAUCAGCAAAUUGAUAUUUACAGUUUGCAAGGAGAAAUGCAAUUCAUGGUGCUGGGGAUAUAGCUCAGUGGGUAGAGUGCUUGCCUUGCAAGCCCAAGGCCUUGGGUUCAAUCCCCAGCACCACAAAAAAAAAAAAAAAAGAAAUGCAAUUCAUGAUGUAAUUAAGGAUAGAGUCUCACCAAAUCAUAUAGAUUUC